AUGUUGCGCAAGUUCGUUGCAUCGCCCAAGAAAUUCACCUGCAAGCUUCAACAUUCACUCCUUAGACCCCGAUGGCCCCAUAAGCAGUCAAGAAGUCCGCCACGAGCGCGCCAACUCUUUACGAACAUCCAAACAAAACAGAAGCCUACCUCGAAAAUGGCGCCCACGAAUUCGAUAUUAAUUGGAAUCACAUCCGUCAUCCUCACCGGAGGUCUAUUCUAUAUCUUGUAUACCAACGACUAUGUCCAACCUCUCCCACCAACGCGAUUGCGCAGCGACAUCCGGGCAGAGCGGAAGAAGAAGGAAUCCCAGAGGGAAGAUAAUGCACAGGAGCUUUCAGAGCUGCCAUUUGCAAAGAAUCCCGAGCCAUCAAUCAAAUCGGCGGAUGAUACUGCGUGGGGGACCUUUACGAAUAACUUAGUUUCGUUUUCGUCUGUCACAGAUCAGUGGAAUGUUGUCAGCAGCGCCGUCGUCGAUUAUGUCAUGCCAGAAUGGGCAAAACUCAUCCCAGAACAUAUCAGUAAACUCCAAAGAGAGUUAUCAAUGGCACCGGGUUCCUUAGCAGACGAAAUAUGGCAUGAUGCCCAUGAUCCAUACCUGAACCCUGAGAUUGAUUUUUCCGCAAAGGUCAGGGUUUCUUCGGAUUUAUGCGACUUAGAGAAGGAGUUUUUGCAAAAGCGCAAGAGAUUCACGACCGCUGCGCUCGCAAAGUAUUUGAAUAUACCAGAAAAAGAAAUUCAUCCCGAUGAUGUUCCCACAAUUGCCCUGGUUGGGUCUGGCGGGGGUUUGCGGGCUCUAGUCGCAGGCACUGGCUCAAUGUCAGCCGCAACCAAGUCUGGUUUGUUUGAUUGCGUUACUUAUACUGCUGGAGUCUCGGGCAGCUGUUGGCUACAAGCCCUCUAUAACUCUGCCCUAGGGGCCCAGCGGUUUGACAAAAUGGUGGACCAUUUAAAAGCCCGUAUCGGACUACAUAUUGCCUAUCCACCAGCAGCACUUGCUAUUCUCAACCAAGCUCCAACGAAUAAAUAUCUGUUGACGGGCUUCGUUGAGAAAUUGAAAGGAGACCCAGAUGCUCACUUCGGACUGGUUGAUGUUUAUGGAAUGCUUUUGGCCGCAAGAUUACUUGUCCCGAGAGGAGAAGUUGGCGUCGAAGACAAGGACUUGAAACUUUCUAACCAGCGUGAAUUCAUUAGCGAAGGACAGAACCCACUACCCAUAUAUACAGCCGUUCGCCAUGAAAUUCCCAUAGAAGAGGAAGCAAAGGAUCUAGAAAAUGAAACAGGCAAGCCUUCAGAAGAAACCAAGGAGAGAGCCAAACGCGAGGCUUACUUUCAAUGGAUGGAAAUUACACCUUACGAAUUCUUUUGUGAAGAGUUCAAUGCAGGUAUACCAACAUGGUCGAUUGGGCGGAAGUUUAAAGGUGGCAAAGACAUACCUUCAGAAACAGGAACUUAUCUGCCUGAACUUCGCCUUCCCUUGAUGCUCGGGAUUUUUGGGUCUGCUUUUUGUGCAACAUUAUCCCAUUACUACCAAGAAAUCAAGCCGCUCGUGAAAGGAUUGACCGGUUUUGGGAGCCUGGACGAGAUGAUAGAAACCAGGAAUGAAGACCUGAGUAAAGUUCAUCCGAUUGACCCCGCAACGAUCCCAAAUUUUGUUCAUGGUAUGGAAGGAAUGUUGCCAGAAACAACGCCAGAUACCAUCUACAAAGAAACACAUCUACAACUCAUGGAUGCAGGCAUGUCGAACAAUCUUCCCAUUUAUCCUCUGCUUCGACCAGGAAGGGACGUAGAUAUUCUGAUUGCUUUUGAUGCUUCUGCUGAUAUUAAGACCCAAAAUUGGCUGUCAGUAGCGGAUGGUUAUGCCAAGCAGCGUGGAAUCAAAGGCUGGCCACUAGGCGUUGGUUGGCCGAAACCAUCGACUUCGCCGGAGAAGGCCGCUAAAGAAUUAGAUGAAGCGGAAUCUAGUACGGUAGUCGAAGCGGACGAAAAACUAGAGGAUGCCAAGGAAGAACAAAUUCUAGACGCAGCUCAAUCAGUGGAAGGACCCAAGCCAAGUCAAGAGGAGAUCAGCGAUCUAGGCUAUUGCACAGUCUGGGUUGGAACAACUCAAGAGCGGACAUCAUCUACCGAAGACGUUCCAUCCAAAGCCGUCCAAGACGACUGGGAGCUGAUGCAACCUGACGCUGGUAUCGCCGUCGUCUACUUUCCAUUUAUGAGCAAUCCGAAAGUAGAAGAUGUUGAUCCGGUAGCAAGCGAUUACAUGAGUACCUGGAACUUUGUAUAUACCGCAGAGGAUAUCGACAAGGUCGUGGCUCUCGCAAGAGCUAAUUUUGAGGAGGGUGAAGAACAGACUAGACGUUGUGUAAGAGCCGUCUAUGGGCGAAAGAAAAAGAGGAGAGAAGAACGUGAAAACGAGGAAAGAGAAGCUAGAUGGAGGAGAAAGGUUAGACUGGGGACCGUGGGGAAGAAGGGGGAGGGAGAUCAUUUCCAUUUGACUUGA